UGUUUAAAUAGAUGUCUCUUUCUUGAAGGGAAACAAUAUCGAAGGGUUUAUAUUUUCAUAAAUCAAAGAUAAAGAUGAAUGAUAAGGAAGAAGAGCUGAAGAAAGUAAUAAUGGAUCUGGAGGAGGAGCGUCGUGAUUUAGAAGAUGCAAACAUCGAACUCUGCAAAAGACUAUGCGAAAGCAAUGAUGAGAUCCGAGAAGCACACGAAGAAUUGAUUAGUGGAUUGAGAGGCAUAUCGGAUGAAAGUUUGACGGUCAGAGUGAAAAUGAUGGGACGAGUUGAUAAAAAACCUUUCCUGAAAGUAUGCGAGGAGAUAUUUAGUGGCAAAGCCGUUGCGUUGCAACACGACAGGCUUUUCUCUAAAUGGCAGGAAAGGGUCUGUGAUUCAAGAUGGGAACCAUUCAAAAUUCAGAGAUCUGGAGAUAAAAUUUUGGGAGUUGUGGAUGAGGAAGAUGAGAAACUUAAGAAGCUGAGUAUUAAGUGGGGAGAAGACGUGAAAAUGGCAGUCAAGACAGCACUCGAGGAACUGUACGAGUUUAAUGGAAGUGGCAGGUAUCCAGUUUCUGUACUGUGGAAUUUUGAACGUGGGAGAAAAGCAACAGUCAAGGAAGGGAUUAUUGCUCACAUGAAAAAUCUCAAACGCAAAAGAACCUGAAGCAAGCUUGUGGCUUCAGGAAUCUUAAGUUUUUUUUUAAGAAAGAAACACACAUAGGGAUCUUGAUCUCUUUUUAAUUUGUUGUUCUCACUUUGUAUUAAGCCAUUUAAACUCAUGGAGGUUUCGUUUGGAAUUGCUGCUUGUGUAUUCCUAUGAAUAUAAAUCUAAGCUCGUGUUAUUUUCUGG